AGACUUUUUACACAUGCAAUGAAGUUAUGAUAAUAACACACCACCUGCAACAACACACACCACCUACAAUAACACAAACUAUAAUUAUAUGAUUAAUCCUCCUCACCAAUUUACCCACCUAAAAUUCUUCCAAUUUUAUCCUUCCCUCCCCCCCUCCACUUUCACCCACCACCACCACCACCGCCAUCACCUUCUCCUCUCAAUGGCAAUUGACCACCGGAAACUGCUAUCGGAACAAGAUUCCAACCAAACGUCAACCUGUUCUGAUUGUGGUCCAACAUGCCCUUACAAAUGCAGCUACCCAGAAAUCUUUUGGCCACCGCAACCACCACCACUACCUCCACACACCACCACAACUACCACCCACAUAUCACCUUACGUUAUCAUCAUAGUAGCCCUGCUUGGCAGCGCUUUUCUCUUUAUCAGCUACUACCUUAUCAUGGUAAGAUGCUGCACACGUUUCCGGCAGUUCCCCACCACACAAGUCUACAGUGAAGCAGAAGAUUUUUCCGAUGAAGAUCAUGUAGGGUUUCAAGUUGAUCAUCCCAUCUGGUACAUCACCACCGUCGGCCUUCAACCAUCUGUGAUCAAUUCGAUCACUGUAAUAAAGUUUAAUAGAGGCGAUAACAUGAUUGAUGGAACUGAUUGUUCGGUUUGUUUGAGUGAGUUUGAAGAUGAUGAGAUUUUACGAUUAUUGCCGAAAUGUAACCAUGCGUUUCAUAUCCCUUGUAUUGAUACCUGGUUAAGAUCGCAUACAAAUUGCCCACUUUGUCGUGCUGGCGUUUUGUCCAACACUUUGAGUGUGGGUUUGAGUCCGAAUGAUCGGAGUUUUUCCCAUGGGACCGGAUCAAAUCGAAAUACCCAGAUCGAGAAUUUAGAGAACCAUGGUGAUUUGGAUGGGAAUCAUGUCUCGGAGAGUGAAGUUUGUGAUGAUAUUGAAGAUUCAAAAACAGAGUAUGAGUCUGUAAUGACGGCAAGAAGGUCAAUUUCCAUGGAUUCCGUUGUGGUGGCAGAGAUUGUUGUUGGGGAAAUUGAAGGGGAUUUCGGCGAUUCACGGCGAUUUUCAAGACGUUGCUCGGUGGAGGAGAUUGAAGAACAUGAAGAGUGAUUGGUAUUCGGUGAAGGGGAUUACAUAUUUUUGAAUCCAAUAACUACAAGUACAUAUGAUUUUUCUUUUCCUUUUAGGAAAUACUUGGGUUUCUAAAUUCUAAAUGGCCAUAAUAUGGCCACCGAAAAACUAGAGUAUGCAAUAAUAAACGAUUAAACAAAUUACAUGAAUGGUCCUUUAUAUUUUCAUUUUUCCCUAAAAUAGUCCCUAUGAAGGU